UGGCUGACAUCAUAGAGUUUCAUGGCUAGAUGUGCUAGUAUGGCGAGUGAAAGUUUUCGUUAGUUUCUCAGUAUUCUCUUGUGUUGCGGUGCACGCUUUUCGUUCGUUCAACUAUGUAGCGCCUGUAGCCCGCGUCUCAACGCGCGGUGACCGACGGUAAGCAAGCUUGCAGCAAUGUUGCUGAACAGUUUGAGAAUCGGUGGCAGGUUGUGCUGGAAACUGGCCCGCGGUGCGUCGGUUGCGGCUCCGUCAAGGGUAACAGGGACAUCUCCAACUGGUCGCUCUUCCUCGUCCAAGGCACGGCUUGCUUCCAAGAAACGCGAAGCGGAGUCGCAACGUGAGCAGCCCUGUUCGAUACUGUCGACCAUCAACGAUCGAGACGACGAUGACUUCAACCUGGUCGAGGAGCCCGAAGGCAGCCUAAGCGAGCAGUCGCGCGCCCGCAUCCAGCUUUUGACAGAAUCGCUCGGGUGCUCGCUUGCGAGUGCCACAAGCAUCGUAAUGAGCAACCGAAAGAUCCUCAGUAUACGGCGCGAGACCUUGUUGAAGAACAUUGGCAUGCUCAAGUCGCUGUUUCCGGUGCGCGAAAUCAUGCGCCACCCGGAGAUCUUCAGCUUCCAGUUCGGCACGGCUGAGCAGCGCUACCGGAACCUUGAGGAGUGCGGUAUCAAAAAAGUUACGCCCGCCAGAGUCAUCAAGUAUGUGGAGCUGAUGACUCAGCCCACCUACUCCCUGAAGCUGGAAGGUGAGGUGGCGGUUGGGACGGACCCUGUAGUUCACAUGCUCUCCUUUCUGGACUGCCCCGCCAGUGUGCGGGCUGGCAUUCUGUCAGAGCUGCCGCUCCACUAUCCGUUCACCCUGAGCAUAGCAGAGGUCAAGCAGGCUGUGCUGCGUGCAUACCUGGCCUGGCGCCUUGGAUGCUCCCAUGAACAGAUAGCCUCGCUGGUGCGAAAGUAUCCAUCCGUGGAGAAUCGGAGCCUGCAGUUUCUCCGGCACACCAUCGAGCUGCUGACCAACCACUUCCACAUGCCCAGUGACAAGAUCCUGCGCAAUGGCUUUGUACUUAUGGCGCAUCCGGGUAACCUGGAGAGCCAGCUGUCGCAGGUGCGUCAGCUGGCGGGGAUGGAGGUGCGAGAGCUAGCAGUGCUUUGCCCACGCCUGCUGACUGUGCCGGCAGAUAACCUGAUCCGUGUCGAGCGGCUGCUACAGGCGCACGGCAUCACACCAGCUCAGGUGCAGCGCUGCAUCAGGAUCUACAGUCUCAGCCCGGAGACCAUAGAGAAGCGUCUGAAGGAGAUCACCAAGGUGGCCGAGUUCGAAGUACGUCGUGAGUGUCCCCGACUGCUGAACCUGGUCUACUACGCGUCCAAGGCGCGGCACCGUCUUGAGCUACUCUCGCAGUUGGGGCACCCUGCCAGUGGGGUAUCCAUCAACGUGCUCAGCAUGGCCGCCUCUGACUUUGCACGGGUAUUCUAUAGUGGUAGCGACCGUGGCCGACCCCGCGAGACGGCUGAAUACCUUGCACACCUGCUUAGGAAGCCGGAGGCUGAGGUGCGCCAGCGGCUGGCCAGCCAUCCAUCAGCCAAGCGAAUUUCCCUACUGAACACCCGCCGUGUUGUUGACUGGUUGUUGCCACGAGGAGUCACUCAUGAGCAACUUUGGUAUGGACUUCAGGUGGUGCUGUACGACUCGGAGCUGGUGGCGUCCCACUUCUUGCGCCUCCCUGAGCGAGACGAGCUGCAGCCGUACUCGGAGUGGCGUGACUGUCCCGAGCUCCUCGAGGUGUUGCUGUACUACAUAGAACGAGAGGCACAUUUCACGGGGCACACUCAGCUGGGCUUGUUCAGCGAGGUGGAGGCCUUGGACAGCACCAGCCAGGAGAAAGCCAACCAGGCAGCCUUGCUGCAGAACCCUUACUUCCACCCAGCCACUUUUCCAACUGUGCAAAAGGAAGAGGAGGGUGACUCGUCAUCGUCGUGACCUACCCAAGACGGCCGAGUGUGACACUAUUGCUGUUCAAUGCUCAGUGUCUGAAAUUUUCAAUGCCCUCUUGAUAAUGGAGAGGCUAUAUGAAAGAACUAGGAGAAGUGCAGGCGGACUUGUAGCACUACUAUGUGAGACGAAGAGGAAAUGAGCAGGCCUGUUCUGGCUGACCACUUCUCCUCCAUGCAACGUAUGCAAUGCUACCAACAUGCUGGGCCCCGAGUAUCUUGUGUAUUGGGUGGUAUUCACGAGGCUGUUUAAGUGACCCUCCGGUGCUGUCACAAAGGAAAAAAGGUCAGGCAGACCCAUCGUAACGGCCGACAGUGACAACACCACGAUGCAGCGUCCAAGGUGCCUCGGAGAUCGACGCAAUCUAGUCGUCGACACUGUGACACAGAAAAGGAACGUGCAGACUUGUCCUGACACAGUCGUGAUGGUGGAAUAUGACGUUAUCACUUAGUGCUCCAAGUGCCUCACUAGUGUGAGACAGCUGUGUCGGUGCCAUAGUGGUGAUGUAAGUACGCAGGCUUUGCACUGUUCAGCGCUCGAAGUGGUGUGGGAAUGCCAGUAUAUUUAUGGCACUGAAAGACACUCAAACUGGACCUUGUGCAGAAUGAGUACAAAUGUGAAGUGACCAUCUGGCUAAGGCACCUGCUAGCAGGCUGCACCUUACAUCCUGCACAUAAUCCACUGUGCAGUACCCUAAAAAAAAAAGUCACUGAAAACAGGACCUACAUCAACAGUUGUGGGCAGUACAGUGCAAAUACGUUUGCGAUAAAGGCACCCUUUUUAUAUAUUGGAAAUGGUUGCUGGCUGUGUAGACGGAACAUUUAGUGAGCAAUGUGUGAUAAUUUAAUAGUGGUUAUGACGUGCAUUGAUGAGAAAAACCUAUAACUUCUAUAACAUUGGGCAGGGAAAGCCCCUUUGCAGUUCUUGAAAUGACAACAUCUGGAAUUGGAGUAAAUAUUUGUUACCAGAUGAUGGACAGCUUGUCUGAAGAAGCAAAGUGCCACUCGAUAGCAGUGAGGACCCGCUGUGGUGGUGUAGUGGCUUUUGGUGUUGCGCUGCUAAGCCUGAGGCUGCGGCGUCCGCAUUUUGGUAAGGGCGAAACGCAAAAACGCCUGUGUACCGUGCAUUGAGUACACAUUAAAGAAUCCCAGCUGGUAAAAAGUAAUUCAAAGUCCCCCACUACGCUGUGCCUCAUAAUCGUAUCGUGGUUUUGGCACGUAAAACCUCGGAAGUUAAUUGUGAUGCGUAGCAUCCUUUGGCUAGGUGCCUGGGGUAAUUUUCCGCUCCGUUUCAUUCGUCCUUCCAGUUUCGUGUCCCAGAAAACCCCUAGCGCCUUCUGGGCUUGAAUAGGUAAAUACACAAUGUUCUGUACGCUUGCCGCCACCUACUUGCGGGCGCACGGCCCUCUGACGCGAAAUGUCAGACAGCCGCCAGGUGCCGACACACAUCCACCCAAAGCCAUAGAGUUUUAUAUGAUAAAUACUAGAGGGAACUGUGGCGCCAGUGUCGACAGCAGCUGCAAGCAGGGCAGGUCAGCCAGCAUGGGAAUGAUGGGUAGUGCAUGGAUUUGGCUAAACUUUGUACUUCUGGCUUCGAAUGGUUUCGUGGCUUUUUGAACUCAUCAUUUUAAACAAUGUGAUGUGUUAUAAAUAAUUAAGUAAACACCAUUAAAAUUGUCCAGGCAGCAGGAUUUGAACACAGGAUGUCUAGUGCAGGAGCCCAAUAUUGUGAUCAUUGCGCCACGGACGCAUGCAUCGGCAAGCGGCAUAGAACACCCUUACGAAUGCUGAAAUGCUGCAAUUAGUAGCCAUUAUGCCUGUUCAUGGGGUCUUCUGCAUUUAUGCAAGUAUAGAUUGUUUUGAAAUUUAGGAAAACGAAGGCCAAAAAAGCGUAAUAAACGAAGUCACAAGAACGUCUGAAGGCACAAGCACGAAGGUCAGACAAACCUACGUACUAACCAUCAUUCCCAUAGUGGCUGAACGAUGGCAGUAAAUACCAAAGUUUCCUAGAGUAAUUAUUGUAGGCAACUCUCAGGCCCAAACUAUUGUUGAAUUUUCUCGCCACGUUACCGGCACACUCAACAUCAGGGGACCUGCGUCGCAUCAUAGGCCAGAAAAUGCAAUUUCUCGGUGAGUUCGUUGCUUGUUUUACAUUGAAUACGAAAAUUCUGUGACUAUGCAGCGGCCUAAGAAGCUGCUCAGUGACAAGGAACAAUGAAUGUGGUGAGGAAACUUAUAAAAUACGCAGCCCUUAGAACGCAGGCGAGAGCUUGCACGGGCAAGGUACGUGUGGAAAACGCAAAUAAAAAGAGAAUUAUGUCUACACGAAGAGGGCAGUGUUUGAAUGCAGGUGAGCGCGUCAGCAUGCAAAUUAUGCGAGAAAGGGCACUACAACAUUUCUUUCAUUUACCUAACACACGAUUGGUGGUAAAAACUGCUUUACUAGGGAGAUCAUCGUAGGUAAUGAUGGUCACGUCAAAUUCUUACAAGCAAAGACUCCAUUGUGCCCAAUGGCCUGAAGGGUCUUAUACUUGAGAGCCAACAGAGCAAACCACUCUUGAGUGGGCAGCCUUACAAGUAUGUUUGGAACUUUAUUACUGCCCAUACAAUUGCUAAGCAUUCUUUUUCAGUAGCAAUAUUAUUGCCCAUACAAUUGCUAAGCAUUCUUUUUCGGUAGCAGAAUAAUUUUUCUGAGCAAAUGAUGAAGUAAAGCUUGCAUAGGCAAUGACACGCUCAAUGCCCUUUUUUUUUUCAGUGUACGUACCAACACAGUACCGAGACUAACAUUGCUGGUAUUCGUGUGCGAUUCCAUCUCGGCAUCCUCGUCAAAAUGACCGACUACAGCUGGCGCCAGUAGCCAAUUUCGGAAUGUAUUGUAGGAUUGGUGUUGUUUGUUGAUCCAAACAAAAAUUACAUCACCUUUCAUAAGCUGGUUGCGAGUCAUUGAGCAAUUUUUGAAAAGUUAUAGACAAAGCACCUUACAGAAGGGCUUGUUGCUGGCCAAGUUGGUGCCGUUUACUGUACAUUGUUUUCAACCGCACGAAAGGCAGACAUACACACGGAGAACACGUGUGUGUCACAUUCUCAGUGUGGCAACUAGUUUUCGAGUCGUUAAAAAGAAUGUAUGGUAAAGAGCCUGUAGUAUGCACAGAGCAUGGCUUCCGAGAUGGUGCGCGCUGGCAGGUCUUGCUCCGGCCAUCCCAUUUGCACGGAGAGAGCGUAAGUUCUGUGGUGUGUGUGGGCGGCUCCUCCUCCUCUGCACCACGGCGCACACAACCUAGGGCUUUUCAUGCUUUAGGAGGCUUUCAGGUGCUCCAGUACUCUUGCUGCAGCUUGGAUGAGGCGAGAAAAAAAUGAUUUGGUGCUGCUACGCGAUUCCUUUCCGAUUUGUAAAUGACAGCUGGCGGUGUAAUAGGGGCAAAGUGCAUGCCGGUGCCUAUUUAUUCUCAAAUGCAUUUUUUUUUACACACACAUACUCCGACUACAUUUAAAUACGUUGGUAUAUAGAAGUGGAAUAUGAGGUGUGUUCAAAAAGAAACUGGGCUUUUGAAAUAGCACGCCAACUGGCAGAAGGAGUGCCCUGUGGCUACUGAGUGCAAUUACUGGUACGUUCAGACAACAAACUGCCGUUUGCCGCAUUUCGCUCUGACCGUUGGUUGGCGAGCUACAGCUGCUGAAGUGAGCACGUGCACAAGCUGUUUGUCGGAUUAAUGCCAAAGUGACAAUAAAAGAGCUUGAAGAACAAUGUGUGUGUGUGAAAUUUUGCUACAAACGUGGCAAAACUUUCACAGAGACAUUUAAAUUGCUUAGCCAAGCAGACGGGGAGGAUUGUAUGAUUCGCAUGCAGUGCUAUUAAUGGUUUAAGCGUUUUAAACAUGGCAGAAUGUCAGUCGGCGACGAUCCCAAGCCUGGAUGACCUUCCACAUCGACAGAUGACCACGUCGAGAGAGUUCGUGCUGUGAUUCGUGUAAAUCGUCGUUUAACUGUUUGAGAAGUUGCUGACAAAGUGGGCAUCGGCGUAGGAUCGUGCCAUCAAAUUUUGAGUGACAAACUUGAGAUGCGUCGUGCGAGUGCAAAUUCAUUCCACGUUUUUUGACUGACGAUCGGAAACAGACCUAUGUUGAAAUCAGCCAGGAACUGCUUGCCACUGCCAUUGACAAUGGAAAACUUCUCUAAGACCAUCAAAACAAGCAAUGAGACCUGUGUUUAUGGCUAUGAUAUUGAAACGAAAGUGUGGUUGUUGCAGUAGGUGGGAAAAGUUUCUCGUCCAAAGAAAGCACGCAUGAGUCGGUCGAAGAUCAAGGUAAUGUUGGUUGCGUUUUUUGACUGCAAAAGCAUUGGAAUUAGUACCACAUGGUAAGAUGGUGAAAAAGGAAGUCUACCAGGGAAUUUUAGCACGUUUUAGGAAUGCUGUGUGCAGUAAGAGGCCUGAAUUGUGAGAAAACCAGACAAGGAUGUUGCAUCAUGACAAUGUGCGAGCUCACACAUCGCUCCUUGUCUGCAGCUAUCAAGCAAAACAUCACACUCCCGUUGUACACCAUGCACCGUAUUCUCCGGACCUAGCCCCAGCAGACUUUUUCCUAUUUCCCAAAGUUGAAUUGAAAAAUCAACCUUAAAACCACAUUGAAAAGAUGUCGUUUCCAAACCAUAGAGGAGAUUCAGGACAAUGCGACAAGACACCUGCGCGCCACCCCUGGAAGUGCGUUCCAGGAGGCUUUCCAAAAAUGGAAGAAAUGAUGGGAACAGUGUAUUGCCAGUAGAGGGAACUGCUUUGAGGGGGACAGUGCUUAACAUGUACAAUGAGCAAUGAAGAUGUUAUAGCCACAGUUCGGUUUAUUUUUGAACACACCUCAUACAUCAGCAAGAGUUCCUCCCCCCCCCCCCCCCCCAUGUGCCAGAAAUGUGCUAUACUACAGAAUUUGUGGUUUAUAUGUAUAUCGUUUUCUGAUCUGUUUUCAAAGCUUUGAAUGAGUCGCCUGCUGGCUUAGGUGCUUACUUUCGUCUGCGCAUUUCACUGUCGUGAGAAGGCGUGAAGCAAGACGCAGCAUGAUCCACCCGCAGAAACAUGCUGUAAUCGCUCGAGUACUUAAAUUUGAGUGCACAUUAGAGAACUCCAGGUGGUUAAAAUUAAUCCGGAGCCCCACACUAUGGCGUGCCUUCAUAAUUACGUAUUUUUGGCAUGUACGCCCCAGAAUUGUUUAUUAUUACCUUUUUUUUUUUUUUUGGAUGCAACUGCCAUAGUAGCACUUCAUUUUGCUAAGUCACCAACUGAGAUAGGGGUCGCUUUGCCAUAUGAUUUUGAAAUUUUGAACCCUGUUUACUGACAGGAACUAGCGUUGCGCAUAUUGACAUGCAUCAGCUCACAAGCAAAAGCAUUCAAAAUUAUAUGAGAGUACUGAAAGAGAAAAAAUUACGCUUGCCUAUGUAUCUAGUGUUGUCUUCGUCAGCAAUUGGGCAAACCUAAAUCGCAGGAUUAACUAUGCCAGUCCAAAGGCAAAUAUUCAAGGUGAAGUGUCACUGAAAUGUGCAAACGCACAAAGAAUAUUUUGGGUAACGUGCAGCAACCUUUAUAAAAGUUUUUUUUUUUGUUUUUUUGCUGAUUGAAGAAAGAUUUCAGUUUGCAUGACAUUGCCUGCUGCAGUCUCAAGGCUUGAUGGUGCAAUAAAUUGUGCAACCAAGCGUGAAAUGAUAAAUUAUGCAAAUAUUUACAUGUUUAUUAGUAUAUGCCACACAAGCAGGCAUUACCAUAACUAAAAGCAAUAAUUAUUUAAAUUUUAAUUACAAAUAUUAGUUGCUUUUCCACAUGUUUGCUUACGGCAUGUUUAAUUUAAUAAUAUAUAUAUUUUUACAUGGUCGUGAGAAAGGCAUUGGAUAAUAUGUGAAUACGGCUACAUCAAUGUAUGAUAAGCAUUAUUCAACAAGGCAAUAAUAAAAAAAAAGAAAAGCAUCACGUAACAAACUCAUUAUUCGUGCAGCACAGUAGCAAGCAAAAUCAUAAUAAAGACAGAAAAAGUAUGCACGGGACGAUGCAAGCAAUUAUUGCAUGAACAUCGCUGCAUUACAGAGUAGGCAUACAGACAUGAAAAUUACCGUAUCAACUGCUGAAUCUCUGCAAUGCAAAGUAAAAAAAGAAAAGGCUGGACAGACGACAAUUAAACUCUGCCAUCAACAAUGAGCUGACAGUUCAGAGGCAAUGAAUGGUAUGUGAACCUACACAUAAUUUGUUCCGAAAAAUGAAAAAAGAAAGAAAUUUAAUUAUGGGGGUUUUAUGUGCCAAAACCACAAUCUGAUUAUGAGGCAGGCUGUAGUGGGGGACUCUGGGGAACAUGGACCACCUGGGGUUCUUUGAAAAUAAAUUAAUAAACAUAAGUAUAGACUAUAGAUACUACAAAAUCAAUGGAUUAGGAUAUAGAAAGGACUAAACAGUUGAGAUGGCAAAAUGGUCUAGGUAGAGCUUGAGGCAGAGCUGAAAAAUUGCCUGGGAUAUAUCCUGUGAAGAUCUGCAUCAAGUUGAAAGAGAGGCAAUGCGCACGUUGAGAUCUCACAUGGUCUGCCUUCUACGACCACCUCCAGAGGCAUUGGAAUCCUCUGCUAACGGUGCCACCUCUAGGCAGACGGGCGCGCGUGCCACAUUACACUUUUUUUUUUUUUGCUGGCAAGCGCGCCAAAUGGGACGGGCAGAGCAAAAGCUGCCAGCGGUUGCAAUCUUGGAGGCCAUGCACAAAGUUUCAGAAAAUGACGUACAAAGGCCUUGUUGGUUGGUGUCUGAAAUGUGGCAACAGCAGUGGUUCUCUUUGUGUCUGGGCAAAUACCGGCAUUGCUCACUAUGUGACCAAGGAAGUUAAGUUCUCCGUACCCAAAGUGGCACUUCUCUGACUUGAGAGAGAGUCAAGCUGUUCGAAUGGCUUGAACUGGCUGAAGACGCUGGAUGUCCUGCUCGCAUGCAUCAGAAAUGACCACCACAUUGUGUGAGCAUGCCAGACACGAUUGCCAUUUAAAGGCACAACAAAACAGUGUCCAUCGUUGUUUGAAAUAUAGCUGGCGCUGAACGAAAGCCGAAAGGAAGGACCUGAAACUGAAACAGGCCAUCUAGAGUAAUAGACUGUUUUGUUGCGGUCGUGUUCAUCAACUGCUAUUUUCCAGUAACCGCUAUGCAAAUCUACGGAAGUAAAGUAUCAGGCCUGUCAGAUACGAUCCAAGGAGUCAUCUUUUCGUGGCAAAGGAUUAACAUCUUUUUUAGUGAUUUUAUUUAUUUUCCAAUAGUCGACGCAUAAGCGCAAAAUGUCAUCUUCACUUUUCAUUAAUACAACCAGUGAAGCUAAGUCUGGAUGACAUCGUCUUUAAGCAUUUGUUGAACAUGGUGAUGAAUAGCAUCUUGCUCUUUCCAUGACACCAUGUAGGAAUGUUGGAAGUUGGGUCCUUCGGUGGGCUUUGUUAUAAUUCUAUGUUUCGCAUGCAGCGUCUGAUUGACCUUGCUCAUCGUAGCAAAUUAAUUUUAUGGUAGGCUCAGGUUCACAUCCCUAUUUAACACUUUGGUGGGAUGAUCAACCAAUGAAAGCAUGGGUAAUGUUGAGGGGCCAGGAUAAUUGGCAAUUUCCCUAAAGUAGGUGAUGGCAGUGCAUUUUGUGGGAUGCCAAUAUUCCUCACUGAAGCUUAUGACCAAUAGUUAUGUUUGCCUCCUGCUGAGCUGUACAAUGCCUGAUGCAAUAUGAAUGUUGUUGUACAGCGAUGAAUUUGUGGCGGGACAGCAUUAGAUAAUAGUUUAAUGUUUCUUAGAUACAUGAUGCCCGUUAGAAGUUUAAGUUCUCGCAUAGGCAAGUCAUACAGGCAUCAUGGAAGUUUGUCCCUAAGUUUGAGCAGUUGAGCCCAUUUAUUCUCUUCAGAUAGGCUUUAUAACCUUGGCUUGGCAAACAAACAGUUGAAACUUAUAUAUGCUUCAAAUGCGUGGCAUCUCUAGUCUGUUGAGUGAGAGAAGGUAGUUGUUUGGAAUCAUCAAAGCAAAAUACCCCAUUGCUAGCUUUAUUGCUAAGACACCUUCACAGUGUUUGGGGUUAAGACAAUCACUGUUCUUUCAUUAUUAUUGCACUUGGUCUUCACUCAUGUAUAUGUGUACUAAAGGACAUACUAUAAAGUCAUAUUAAAUGUACAAUUUUAACUUUUGUUGGGGACUGAAGCCUUCUUCUCCUGCCUUGUGUUAGCUUGCAUUGUAGAACUACAUGUACAAACAUUACAGCGAAAAAAUACUAAGUGUACAGUGCUGUGUAUACCUUGACAUGAAAUAAACAGCAUGUUUUCAAUGAAUAAAGCGUGCAGAAA